CAACAGCUUAUUACACUAUAUACACCCCCAACCCAACAGCCAAACAACCAAAGAGAACGAACGUUGUUGAUCCUUUUCGUCUCUGUCUCUCUCUCCCUUCCUUUUUCUCUUUCGGAAUUCAAAUUCGUCUUCUCUCUCUCUCUCCGAAGUUUUCAAUCGUCAAUGACAACUGAUCUCGAGAUCUAGAGAGAGAGAGAUGAUAACACGAUCGAAUCUGGCGGAACAGCUGAGGGAGUAUCAGAUUCGAUCGAAACACGAUUGGGCUUCUGUCUCUUUCUUCGCUUCUACUUCUAAUCUGACUUUUUCAAGAGAAAAAAUCCACUUGGCAAAAAGAGAGGAGCUUCAGGACACAACCAAGGUGGACGUUGUGAUCUUUGUAAUAUGGGAACUUGUCAUUUUAGCCUUCCUGGUUUUCUCAGCUGUUUCAUUGUAUUUCGGACAUAUGAAACUUGCAUUUAUCUUAGUUUGUGUCACAUUGCUUUUGCUUUUAUGCAUGAAAGUUGUGAAACAAGUAAGACUGGCCCGGAAAAAGAAACGAAGGAUGCUUCUUCCAUUGUCAAUGUAAUGUGCUAACGAAGUUGAAUACAUUUUUUUAUUCCCAAGUGAUACCAGCUUUGUUCUUUAGAUUGUAUGAAUUCUUGAUCUGGACCAUUGCUCAUGGUUCAUCUUUUUUUCUCUUCCUCUCUCUCUCUCUUUUCUUUUUUGGAUAUAUGUAAAAGCAAGCUGACUGAAGAAUAUAAUUGAUUUGGUUACUUCAAUACAAAAUGAUCCAACUAGUGUUACUUCAUUUUUCUA